CCGAUAUGACGCGAUCUGGCUCCGUGUCUUCUCCUCCUUUAACCUUCCUCGGGAUAAAAACAAACUCGCCACCGCGGCAAGUGUUGCUCUGAUGCUGCUGGGUUCAUGUACUGCUGCACCGCGCCCCCAUCUCUGCUGCUGAUACCGGGACCUCUGUCUGUCAGUCUGUCUGUAGCCACCACCACUCAACCUGCUAGGACAACACGACAGCUCCAUUAGGCGUUGUGAAGUAACACAGGCGCUUGUUGCUAACAGCAACGGCUAACUAGCUAGCAGUGAAGUGAUGCCUCUGGUUUCUGCUUAUGAACAUAUUCUGUUAUUAUGUUGUAGCUAGAUUCAUUUAAAAUGCGCAUAUAUAUUUCAGUGUUAGUGCAGUGACCAUAAUGCUAGUUAUCGUGCUAACCAGUGUAGGUUAACUAUCUGUAACUACGCAUGAUUUAAACAACUAAGCUAAGCUACUAUAAUCUAGCUAACCUAGCUUUAGCAGUGUUGUGCAUCAGAGAGGGUUUAUUUAAGCAGAAUCUAAGGCCAAGCCUGCAAUGUUGAACCCAAUACUUAAAGUUAGGCACAUAUUUACCUAGGUUAAACUGUCCCACUUAAUAUCUGAUUGGAGGUUAUCGAUAUUUAGUCCACAUAGCAUUUCCUGUUUUGCUAUUUAACCUCGUUUAACCAGUUUGUACAGGACUUUAUGUUGAUGACAAAUAACAUUACUUAAUGUCAUUGAAAGCUCUACGUGGAGACUGUUAAGAUUAGUGAUUUAUCAGUUGUAGCCUGGAGAAAAGUGUCAUUUAAGCCCAACACCUCAUAGAUUUACCCACAAUGGCUCCUAAAAAGAGACCAGUGCCAUUAAACAUUGCUCCUGCUGGUGGUGAUGGAUUAUCCACCUCCACCAACAUAGAUGUUGCAUCUGAGGCCAAUUUAGAGGCACUUAAAAGAAUAUUGGAAGAGUUGGACCUGGAUGAACAACAGAAGAAAAGGUUGGAAGCUUUCCUCACCCAGAAAGCCAAGGUGGGCGAGCUGAGAGAUGAUGACUUCCAUCGUGUCUGUGAGCUGGGUGCAGGUAAUGGGGGAGUUGUCACUAAGGAAUGCCACAAAUCUUCAGGAAUAAUCAUGGCCAGAAAGCUCAUUCAUCUUGAAAUUAAACCUGCCAUCAGAAACCAGAUCAUCCGCGAGCUUCAGGUGCUGCAUGAGUGUAACUCUCCCUACAUUGUGGGCUUCUAUGGAGCGUUUUACAACGAUGGCGAAAUCAGCAUCUGCAUGGAGCACAUGGAUGGUGGCUCUCUGGACCAGGUGCUGAAAGAAGCAAAGAGGAUCCCUGAAGAGAUUCUGGGCAAAGUCAGCAUUGCUGUUUUGAGAGGCCUUGCGUACCUAAGAGAAAAACAUCAAAUCAUGCAUAGAGAUGUGAAGCCUUCCAACAUACUGGUGAACUCACGUGGGGAGAUCAAGUUGUGUGACUUUGGUGUGAGCGGGCAGCUCAUAGACUCUAUGGCCAAUUCCUUUGUUGGGACGAGAUCCUAUAUGUCGCCUGAGAGGUUGCAGGGAACCCACUAUUCUGUGCAGUCAGAUGUGUGGAGUAUGGGGCUGUCCCUUGUGGAGCUGUCAAUCGGACGCUACCCCAUCCCUCCUCCAGAUGCUAAAGAACUGGAGACCAUAUUUGGACGUCCCAUCUUGGGUGGUAGUGAAGGAGGGACAGCCAGCACGUCACCCAGACCUAGACCACCGGGUAGAUCUGUCAGUGGUCAUGGUCCUGCAAUGGCCAUCUUUGAACUACUAGACUACAUUGUAAAUGAGCCCCCUCCCAAACUCCCACACGGCGUCUUCACCUCUGAUUUCAUGGACUUUGUGACAAAGUGUCUCAUCAAAAAUCCAGCAGACAGGGCUGACUUGAAAAUGUUGACGAACCAUGUCUUUAUCAAGCGGUCUGAGGUGGAGGAGGUAGACUUUGCUGGCUGGCUUUGCAGAACCAUGGGGAUGAGCCAACCAAGCACUCCCACACACGCUACGGACUGAACACACACACACACACACACACAGUAUGUACAUGUAAAAACAUGGAGAAGCUGCUGCCUAAAACCUUACGCCCACACACAAACACCCUGUUUGCCACGUUCUCCCUCAGGUGAACCUCUGAAGUCUCCAUCUGUCAAAUGAACUCUACUGACAGAUACUGUAACUACAGCACGAGUGUGUCAAUCCCAGUUAUUACAAUCAUGGUUAUGCAUCUGUACAUGUGUACAGACACAUACGUACUGUAUAUAAAUUUGUUUUUUGUAUGUGUUGUGCAAACAUUUAGAAAUGUAAGUUUAUUUUACUAAACAGGUCAGGUUAUGACCUCAGGUGUGUCUGUGCUAGCGAGAUGAUUGAGUCUACUUUCUUUUGCAUUUGGUGAUGUGACUGAUUUCUACAAAUUGAGACGUCUUGAGGACACUCAAGUGACACUUUUUUUUUUUUUUUUGGGCCUUGACAUGAGGGUCAUGCUUAAAUGUUUUAAACAUUGUGCUUCAAAUGUUUAAAACAUUUAAGCAUGACCCUCAUGACAUGAGGCUCAUGUCAAAGCCAAAAAUUAAAAAAAAAAAAAAAAGUUACAACCUUAAAUGAACCCUCUGCUCCCUCUGUAUGUAUGUCUGUAUGGGGCGGCUGUGGCUCA